AUGGCUUCUCUUCAUCCAUUAGCCACUCUUUUUCUCUCUUACCUUCUUCUAACUUUGUUUCUCUCUGAAGCUAAACACCCCACUUCUUCAAAAUCCACCAUAAUUGGUCAAGGUUACCGUUUGAUAUCCAUUGAAGCUGACCCUAAUGGUGCUAUCACUGGACUCCUUCAAGUUAAGGACAAGAAUAAUAUCUAUGGCCCUGACAUUCCCCUUCUUCGCUUCUACGUCAAACAUGAGACUGAGAAUCGUUUGAGGGUACAUAUAACAGAUGCAAAGAACAAAAGGUGGGAGGUUCCUUACAAUCUUUUGCCUAGAGAGCAACCACCAUCUCUGAAGCAGAACAUUAAGAGGUUGAAGAAGAAGAAACCAUUAUCAGUUUCAGAGUAUUCAAGCUCUGAGCUUGUUUUCAGUUACACUUCUGACCCAUUUAGUUUUGCAGUGAAAAGAAAGUCCAAUGCAGAUACCCUUUUUGACUCAAAUUCUAACAAUUCAGACUCAUUUGGUCCAUUGGUUUUCAAGGACCAAUACUUGGAAAUCUCCACCAAAUUGCCUACAGAUGCUUCUUUAUAUGGUUUUGGAGAAAACACACAGCCACAUGGGAUAAAGCUGCAUCCAAAUGACCCUUAUACUUUGUAUACCACUGAUGCAUCUGCUAUUAAUCUCAAUACUGAUUUAUAUGGUUCACAUCCUGUAUACAUGGAUCUUAGAAAUGAAGGUCCUACGCCGCUUAACGUUGUUGAUCAGUACACAUCGUUUAUCGGUAGACCUGCUCCAAUGCCUUAUUGGGCUUUUGGAUUCCACCAAUGCAGAUGGGGUUAUCACAACCUAUCUGUCGUAGAAGAUGUUGUCGAAAAUUACAAGAAAGCCAAAAUCCCACUCGAUGUUAUAUGGAACGACGAUGAUCACAUGGAUGGACACAAGGAUUUCACACUCAAUCCAGUUAAUUACCCUCAUCCCAAGCUUCUAAACUUUCUAGACAGAAUACACAGCAUUGGAAUGAAAUACAUUGUGAUCAAUGAUCCUGGAAUAGCUGUUAACUCUAGUUAUGGUGUAUACCAAAGAGGUCUGGCUAACGAUGUUUUCAUCAAGUAUGAGGGUGAACCUUUCUUGGCUCAAGUUUGGCCAGGAGCAGUGUACUUUCCUGAUUUUCUCAAUCCAAAAACAGUUUCUUGGUGGGGUGAUGAGAUUCGCCGCUUCCAUGAACUAGUCCCAGUUGAUGGCUUAUGGAUUGACAUGAAUGAAGCUUCAAAUUUCUGCUCUGGAAAAUGUACAAUUCCUACCGGAAAAGUGUGCCCGAGUGGAACAGGACCUGGUUGGGUAUGUUGCCUAGAUUGCAAAAACAUCACUAAAACGCGAUGGGAUGAUCCUCCCUACAAAAUAAAUGCUUCAGGAUUACAAGCUCCUAUAGGUUUCAAAACUAUAGCCACGAGUGCAGUUCACUAUAACGGCGUUUUAGAGUAUGAUGCUCAUAGUAUUUAUGGUUUUGCUCAAACCAUUGCAACUCACAAGGCCCUUCAGGGACUUCAAGGAAAAAGGCCUUUUAUUUUAUCUCGCUCGACUUAUGUUGGAUCAGGCAAAUACGCAGCGCAUUGGACAGGCGACAAUCAGGGCACAUGGGAGGAUUUGAGAUACUCAAUAUCUACAAUGCUGAACUUUGGAAUAUUUGGAGUGCCAAUGGUUGGUUCUGAUAUAUGCGGUUUCUAUCCAGCGCCUACCGAAGAGCUUUGCAAUAGGUGGAUCGAAGUUGGUGCUUUCUACCCUUUCUCAAGGGAUCAUGCAAACUACUACUCUCCAAGACAAGAACUUUACCAAUGGGAGUCAGUAGCUGAAUCAGCUAGAAAUGCUUUAGGGAUGAGAUAUAAGCUCCUACCCUAUCUGUACACCUUAAACUACGAGGCGCAUAUUCGUGGAGCCCCGAUUGCUCGGCCUCUUUUCUUCUCGUUUCCAAAUUAUGUUCAAUGUUACGGCCUCAGCACUCAGUUCUUACUUGGAAGUGGCCUAAUGGUUUCUCCUGUACUCGAGCAAGGGAAAACGGAAGUCAAAGCACUCUUUCCGCCCGGAACAUGGUACAAUUUAUUUGAUUUGACACAAGUCAUUCUUUCAAAAGAUGGAAACUAUGUGACCCUUAAUGCACCCUUGCAUGUGGUCAAUGUGCAUUUACAUCAGAACACCAUUCUUCCAAUGCAACAAGGUGGUAUGGUAUCUAAGGAUGCUAGAAUGACACCUUUUCGCCUCAUUGUGACAUUUCCAGCUGGUGCAAAUGAAGGAGAAGCUAAAGGAAACUUGUUCCUUGACGACGACGAGCUUCCAGAAAUGAAGCUUGGAAAUGGCUAUUCAACAUAUAUUGACUUUCAUGCAAGUGUGAAAGAAGGAACUGUGAAAGUUUGGUCAGAAGUCCAAGAGGGUAAGUUUGCUUUGGAUAAAGGUUGGGUUAUUGACACAAUAAAUGUGUUGGGAUUGAUUGGAAAUGGAGCAAGAGCUACAAUGGAAAUAGAUGGUACACUAUCAUAUGUGAAAAUUGAUACAACUGAACAAAGUUACUUAUAUGGGAAAGGAGAUGGAGAAAAGAAGAUAGUGAUGGUUGGAAUGAAGGGCUUGAAUAUCCCUGUAGGUAAAAAUUUCUCUAUGACUUGGAAGAUGGGAUCAUGA